UUUUUUUUUUAUCUUUUUCCUUUUUUUUUUUCAUCAAUGCCGUCUUUGGGGAAAAUCAUUAAUCACCCUUUAUUCAAUAUUGGGUUCUUUUUAUUGGUACGACAAUUGACAAAGUCACUUCCUUUGGAAGAUAGUUCAUAUCUUUGGGGUAUCCGAGGUGUUUAUUAUGGUGCUCAACUCCUCAUCUUUUUAUUGAAUCUCUAUAUAUUGAAUAUUAUCUCGAAUAAAAAUGAUCAAACUGUUUUACGAUACGUGGAACCCUCCAAACCAAGUUGGGACGGAACAACAACACCGGAUAAUUUGGUGGUGACCACUUUUGCAGACUAUGAUAAAAAUGAAGUAUUAAAAGGAAUGAAACAAUCAGUGAUUGGUUUGGCUAUGGUGACCUUCUUACAUUUCAAGUUUGGUUAUGUGCAACCAUUGAUCAUUCAAGCAGUAUUAGGAUUCAAAACGUUUUUCACUACAAAAGAAGCAAGAAUUCAUCUGUUCCAUCAAUCAACAACAAGCGGUGAUUUGAAGCGACCUUUCCGUGUGGAUUCUCCUUUUGGUAUGAGUUCUCUCAAUCCCCAACCAAAAACUGACAAGGCAUCUAUCAAGAAAGCAGAACGAGCUAUGAAGGCAGAUUAAAAAUUUUGUUAUUUUUUUAAAAAAAAAAAAAAAUUAUAUAGAAUACUUUUAGUAGACUAGUUCUUGUUGUUCGUUAUUGUUUAUUCG